AUGACUGUCGUCCCCCCACGUCGCGCGGGAUGUGAACUGACGCAAGAAAUAGUCGCGAAACACAACACUCGCGAGAGUUGCUGGGUGGUGUUGUAUGGCAAGGUCUACGAUGUCACUGAUUUCCUGGGAAGUCACCCCGGUGGUGCAAAGAUUAUUCUGAAGCUUGCGGGUCAAGAUGCCACCGAAGAAUACGACCCAAUUCACCCUCCUGGGAUUCUCGAAGAGGAGCUCAAGCCAGAGGCAUUCCUAGGUACCAUCGAUCCUAGCACCGUUCCACAGGCGGAAACAUCCUCAGAGCCCCAAGAAGAGCUCGAAGGACCCCCGCCCAUGGAGAACAUUCUCAACCUAGAUGAGAUGGAAGAAGUGGCUGCCAAGCAAAUAAGCCAAAAGGCUUGGGCUUACUACUACUCUGCAUCGGACGACAAGACCAGCAAAUCGUUCAACAAUCAAGUAUAUCGCUCCAUUCUGCUACGGCCCAGGGUGUUCGUGGACUGCACCAAGUGUGAACUAGACACUACUGUCCUCGGGCAUAAACUUCAAACACCCAUUUACGUCUCCCCUGCGGCAAUGGCCCGUCUGGGACACCCGUCCGGCGAGGCCGGUAUUGCAGAGGCAUGUCGCAAAUUUGGAGCCAUGCAAAUCAUCUCCAACAAUGCAUCCAUGACCCCAGAGCAGAUUGUCAAAGACGCUUCGCCAGAUCAGAUCUUCGGCUGGCAACUGUACGUUCAGAUCGACCGCAAAAAGAGCGAGACGAUGCUCGCUCGCAUCAAUAAGCUCAAGGCGAUUAAAUUCAUCGUUCUCACCCUCGACGCCCCCGUCCCCGGUAAACGUGAGGAUGACGAGCGUACUGGCAUGACCGGGCGUACUGCGGCCGUGACGAGCGGCGUGAAGGCCGCAGAGCGCUCGGCGGACGACACCCCCAAUCCCACCGAGGGAUCUGGGGGCGUGGGCCAGCAAUUGUUUGCUGGAACCGAUCCCUCCCUGUCGUGGACCAAGACCCUUGCCUGGCUUGCCACGCAGACGGAUUUGCCGAUUAUCCUUAAGGGACUGCAGACCCACGAGGAUGCCUAUCUUGCGUCUCUGCACGCGCCCCAGGUCAAAGGUAUCAUUCUGUCGAACCAUGGCGGUCGAGCCAUGGAUACGGCCCCUCCGGCCGUGCACACUCUUUUGGAGAUUCGGAAAUAUUGUCCCGAAGUCUUUGACAAAAUUGAGGUCCAUGUGGAUGGCGGCAUCCGCCGUGGCACAGACGCAGUCAAGGCUCUUUGCCUUGGUGCCAAGUCUGUUGGCUUAGGACGUGCAGCACUUUGGGGUCUCGCUGCGGGAGGUGUCGAGGGCGUGAGCCGAACUUUGCAGAUCUUGAAUGAUGAGAUGAAGACUUGCAUGCGGCUACUUGGGGUGGAGAGGGUUGAACAAUUGGGGCUCCGACACAUCAACACUCGCAUGACCGAACAACAGAUCUACGAUGGCCCUGCUGCUCUUGAGCCCUUACGGCGUGAGUUCCGCUCUAGACUUUAG